AUGUCCGCGCCUCGCCCGACGUCCGUUCGCAUGAGAGAAAAAGAUGCCCAUUCCGUGUACUUUUGCGAGAAUUCGUGCCGCACGAGUUACUCCGGGUGUCUCGAUGAGGACUUGUCCAUGACCGAGCAGGAAAUCGCUGAAUUCAUCCGAUAUUCAAACCCAGGCCUCUACGAGAGGUUGAACGGCGUACGGCUUCCGAGCUCGUAUGUCGCACCAGAUGACACACCUGGUCAUGGGCAUUGCUUGAUCCCAGAAGCGAUUGUCGAGAACGGACCAGCGUCUCUGUUCAGUGAGACAGAUACCACUUUCGAACACGCGACUGGCUCAGUCGAUGCCGAUUGUCCGUCAGAGCUCGACCAUGUGUGCACUUCCAAGCCAGAGUCGCGUCCCGCAGCAGAGCCUAUCGUUCUCGCAGAUAGAUAUCACUUUACCUUCUAUCAGCACAGUGAGCCCGGGGUCGUGUACUGCUGCUCUUCACCGACCUGUCCGAACCCUCGCAACGUGAUCCCACUUGGUAACUACUUCGGCAUCAUACGCGACGAAGCUGCGACUGAAGGAGACGAUCAACCCAAGGGAUACAACCGUAUCGCAUAUUAUUGUCUCGAUUGCCUCGACGAAGUUGUGGACCGCGAAGAGCAAUUGGAACAGGGGCAGAAGGCGGGUGCGCGGCUUGUGGACGGCGCUCAACCUGACAGGAAUGUGAUUCUUCACAAAGCCCUAGGCAUUUAUCCGGAGUUGGACCAGAAGGAAUUCUUUUUCGUGCGCAUCCCCUCUGAAGAAGCAUCGGAAGUUGAACCAGGCGACGCCUCGAAUUCGAAGAAGGCGACUCGUCUGCGUCGGCAGAAGCAACUUGAAAUACACCGCAUUGCGCAAGACUUGCGACAGCAGCAGCUCACAACGAGGUAUCGAAUGUACUUCAGAAAGAGCAUGCCCGAUCCAUCAGGUCUCAGGAUACUAGGCCCUUUGGAAUCGCAGCCAUAUAGAGAUCGAUACAGGAAACAGGGACUCGAGUGGAUUCACCGACUUGAAGGUUCUGAAGUCAGAAGAGCCUGGAAUGGUGAGGACAGAACAGCCACCACUGACGCAUCCGCUCCAGAUCAUGAGAUGGAGGAUACGCCUGUCUGUUACUGCAGGGAGCCAGCUGAUGAAGGUCCUAUGCUGCGUUGCCUAUCUCAGUUGCCUCUGGAGACAGAGGAUUAUCGGUGCGGGUACUGCAUGAGUGCUACCACAAGAGACAAAGAACAAGGUUGCGAAGGCGGGCAGGUGGGGAAUUGUACUCACGAGACCGAGAAUGAGUAUGAUACAUCAGGUACGGAGUCUGAUAAUGAAGAUUCUGGCGGCACAAUCCGCGGACAGGAAGAGUCUGACAACGAAGAUGAGGAUGGCAUUGUUCCAUCUGCACCAGGGUUUAUCGCAGUCAAUCAUGUUUCGUCCCAAGGCAAACUGUUUUGA